AUGGAAGCUGCAACGAGCUCAAGACGAAGCUCCGCAACAGCCUAUAGUCGACCUAGGACCCGGCAGCGAGUUCACAAAGCACCACCAACUCUGGAAGUGCCAGACAUUGAAGAGAAUGCCUCUGAGAGAAAGCGGGUGUUGAAUGUCCUGGCCCAACGAAGAUACCGAGAACGUAGGAGGCAAGACCGUGUCGCCAAACAAAAGCAAGGAGACUCAGAGGGACAACCUGAUGGGGCAGGCUCUGACAGCCUGACUCCAACCGUGCCGGGCGCCGCCAACCUAGUUGAUCAAACAACAGACGACCUUUUGCCGUUCACUGAUGAUGGAAAGGACGCUAAUGCGGUUGGGUUCAGCCUGGACGCAGCUACGGCCUGGACGACUGAACCGUCAGAUGGGCUCGCUAUGUCGGAGUUCAUAUUCGGUACGAUGAACACGUCAAUACUCGACCAGAGUCCAACCAGUGCUACGACAAUGCUAAAUUUGUCUUCCUCACCGUCAACAGUUGACCCGGCGUCUGUCAUGAAUAGCUCGGCAUCCCCAUCGUCAUCUUUGUCUGAAUUCUCAGAUACCUACCUGCUUCCAAUGAAUGACCUUCAGCUACUCAAGGGCGUCCUGCAGGUAGCGACUAGACUUGGGUGUUCUUCUGACAUGUGGAACCCUGCGGCGAACUCGCCGUUCAAUGAAGGUGCAGGGACGCCGGCCGAGUUGCUUCCCGAGACCUGGAAGCCGACAACAGCCCAGAUUCUAACGCCCCACCAUCCGCUCAUGGACUUUCUCCCCUGGCCGGAUGUGCGGACCCGUGUCAUAAGCUUGUUCAGUCUUCCCGACGCGAUGCGACCGCCGACAGCACGUGGGCCUCUUGGACUGGUCAACUUCGCGUAUGACUUGGAAGACACGUCUGAAGGCGUGCGUAUUUGGGGCGCUGAUCCGUGUGAUGCAUCGAAUUGGGAAGUCGGCCAAACAUUUUUCCAGAGAUGGUGGUUUGUGUUUGACAGGAGCGUUAUUGAACAGAGCAACAAGUGGCGACGGCUGAGGGGUGCUGCGGCCUUGCAGCUGAUGCCUGGUAGCGUAAGCCCUGUAGUGGAUGAUGUCUGA